AAGCGAAAGUGGGCAAAAGGAAAAUUGAACUGGAAAAUGGCCGUUAGAACUACGCAGGACCUGGUGAAGAUGGUGAACAAACUGAAGAGCAAGCUGCGAGAGGCGACCAGUCAUGGCCUCCAGGAAGGCGCGGUGCAAAAGAUACUUCAGAAGUUGGUAGGUGUACCAAUGACGUUGGAGCUGCUUCAGUUGACUCAUAUUGGCAAGGAGGUGAACGGUUUGAGAAAAGCCGAGGGAGAUGUGGGGAGGGCAGCCAAGCAGCUGGUGAGGUCUUGGAAGCAACUAUUGACUGAAGCCGGUGGGGAGAGUGAGGAGGGGGAGAGGGAGGAGGAGGGGAGGGGAGGAUGGGAUGGGAGAGAAAGACACAGAGCCCCUGUACCUACAAUUCAACCAUCUUGUUCUCUACUAGCUGCCCCUCCUCCCCCACGCCGAUCGCCAUCGCCGUUGCCAUGGAGAGUUGAAGACACCGCUACCCCUGGAGUUUUGCCUGCGGAACAUUCUCCUCAGAGAAAGAGAAAAACAGCGGUAGAGGAGCCACCAGCCGAUGCAGUGGCCCACACAAAGAGAUCUCGGACCCAGGUCUACUCCGGCAAGAAGGCAUCUGGUCCUCAAGUGGCGGUGUCACUGUUUGACCUAUCAAUGAAGGUUCUGAUGGACAAUAUCGAUGCAAUUGAAGAAGUGGGUGGAGUCCCAUACCUAAUCCUGGAACCAUUGCUACAGAAGUGCUCCGCAACUCAACUAUUGCGACUGGAGGAGUUUAAUACUCAUUUCCUGGAGGACAGCGACGUCCUGUGGAAAAAACACUGUGAGAAAGACUUUAAAGGAGCCCGUCCCCAUGGCAACCAGGAGUCAUGGCGACAACUCUACCUGAGCAAACUGAGUGACAGGGAAGAGAGGCUGAAGAAUAUCACAGCCAACAUCAGGAAGAGAGAGGAGGCAAGGAAGGAGCCAGUGAGGCAGGUGAAGCUGGCGGUAGCUACGAGGGCCCCAGGUAGGAGGAGACAGGUGUCGUCUAUCCCUCUUCCCUCCAGACCUUCUCUUCUCAACAGCAGCAGACCCUCUCACAUGAGGGCCCCUCCCACAAGUUAGUAGUGGACCACAUGGGCAUGUGGAAUUUGGGGCUUUUAUUUCAGUUACUCUAGUGUGUGAGGUAGAAUGCUUGGUUAAUUUCCAAGAUUAGACGGCUAAUGAAGGAGUAGUAAUUGUGACCUGUUCUCAAAUAUCUUUUACCACCGCCUCCUAAAGAUGCCAGUAAACUGAAGAAGCAGACAAUGAAGAUGAUCAAAGAGCGGUCACUCAUGAACAUGUCCCGCCCUUCCAAGAGAUGACAGCUGUAACCCCACGUCAUGUGACAAUCAUGUGACAAUCAUAUUUAAUUUGUGUACAGUGACCCAGCCAUACAAUGCAUGGCUUUUUUGACACACGGCAAACAUGAAUUUUCAGUUUGAAAACGUUUUUCAGUCUUGUGACGCUAACUGCUACGCCUUUCUCUGUUCAACACUGCUGCCUGGCGACUUGGAACUUGAUCUCUUAUUGAAGACUCCUCUUCCAAAGUACUCAGCCACAACACUGAACCCAUCUGGUGACC